AUGGCGGAAGAGAAGUACAACCUGAAGAACCCGGCAGUAAAGCGGAUCCUGCAGGAGGUCAAGGAGAUGCAGGCCAACCCUUCCGAUGAUUUCAUGAGCCUCCCCCUCGAGGUGAUAUGCGUCUGUAGGUCUGUUUCUUUAGGAUUUUCAUUGAUUUGCGGGGGGCGGUAAAGACGGUGAUGGUGGGGGAUGGCUAGGUCGGUGAUUACCAUGCUUGAGGGCUCCGUUGGUGGAAUUUGGCUAAACGUAUGGAUUGUUGAGAUUUUUGUGACCUAGAUCUGUUGAAUUGCAUGGAUUCCUCAUUUUUUGAGCGAAUGGAGGAUUAGGACGUGCUGCCCUUUUCGGGAGUCUACUAUCAAGCAAAUUUAUGUGCAGAUCGUUUUAUUCUUCGUUUUAUUUUUUAAUAUUUAUAUUUGGUAUGAAGAUAGAUGCUUAGAAAAUGCGCUCGAAGCUGAAUUUUUAUCGUGAUAUUUUUACAAUUAGUCUCAUAUAUUUGCCGCAUGCACGAAAGUUUCGAAGCUCUGAUAGUGCAACUUGUUUGAUUGCUCUAGCGAGAAUCUACUUCUCAUCUAUUAAUUCGAUUAUUGACGCCCUCUUUUUAUCAGGAAAAUAUAUUCGAAUGGCAAUUUGCAAUUCGGGGACCUCGCGAUUCGGAGUUUGAGGGGGGAAUCUAUCACGGAAGAAUUCAGUUACCUGCAGAGUACCCAUUUAAGCCGCCUUCUUUCAUGUUGCUAACCGUAAGGAUACUUCUUCCAUUUACUCCGUCUAUCUGAUAAUUUUUCAGUCAUUUACCAUCAUCUGUAUCUUUACCUCAACGGUUGUGCUGAUUUUUUUCACUUUUUCUUCAGCCAAAUGGUCGUUUUGAGACACAGACCAAGAUUUGCCUUAGCAUUUCCAAUCAUCACCCUGAACACUGGCAGCCAUCAUGGAGUGGUACGCUCUUAAUUAUUUCUCACCAUUGCUCAAUGCAUUGAGAAACUUCGCCAGCAUUCCGUUUUUACUUUUUUUUCGAAUAAUUAUUUAUAUCUAAUUCUAAUAUGAUGUGGCUUUUAACCUUUUCUGUGAAUCCUUCCACAUAGCUGGAGGUUUCAGAAAUACUAAAAUAAGAAUUGUUUGUGUUUAUGUCAUGGUGGAACCUUUGUGUCACUUGAUCUAAUUACUUGGAUGGCCACUAGCCUCUUCGACAUCUGUAGUACAAGAUUCUGGUGAUAGAUUAUUCUUUCAUACUGUACUUUUACUGGUGAUUAGAAGAAAAUAUGUUUUCACUUUGGGUAAGCAAUGCACAUUUCAUGUGAUGGCCUUAUCUAUCCAUUCUCCUAAGUUGUUGUCCUUGUCCCUCUUUCCCUUAAUCCAACAGUUCCUUGUAUCAUAUUUGUUUCGUGGACACACCUUAAUAUCAUAGUCUAUUUUAUAUCUAUCGACUUGUAAUGUGAUCUUUCAAUAAUUCCUCCAGCAAGACAUGCUGUUCCAUUUUAAGUCUUGUAGCACGUUUUCGAGCUGAUAUGUGAGAGCAUGUAUUUAUGUACACAGAUCAUAUGCAAAUGUUCAUUUUUUGAAGUGAUCUAUUUAUUGUGUGAUUUGAUGAAUUUAGUGCAUUUUCUUCACUAACUGCCAUCUAACUGCAUUUUUUUAUGGAAUAUUUUUGAUGUUUUUACAUUGCUGAGGAGUCUUAACAUAAAUUGAAAGUUAUACAUACACGUGUCCUGUGUCCAAUCUUGAUUGUGAAUAGUCAUCAUGUUCUUAAGAUUCAUAAAGACUCUUUUGUGUGCUUUUACAGAGGUUAGUACUAUAUGCUCAUUUGGCUGUGUCAUCCUUUCUUUAAAGCAUUGACAUCCUUCUUCUCCCCUCUCUACUCUUUCCUUCAGUCCGUACUGCCCUGGUAGCCUUGAUUGCAUUCAUGCCCACGAACCCAGAUGGGGCGCUUGGCUCCCUGGAUUACAAGAAGGAGGAACGGCGAGCCCUUGCCAUAAAGUCACGUGGAGGAGCUCCGAGAUAUGGAACACCCGAACGGCAAAGGUUGAUUGACGAGGUGCGUCUUCAGACACCCCCCUUUUUCCUGGCAUAUUCUUAAAUAGUGGCGAGGCGCUGUGGCUUUAAUUCAUUACUUCCUUCUUCAUGUGCAGAUUCAUGAAUACAUGCUAAACAAGUCUCCCCCCGUCCCCACACCGGUCUCUGCGCCUGCACUCGAUCAGCAGCCCAUCCAGAGGCAUGAGGAAGAAGCCCCGGCUGAUCCUCCCGCCGCCGAAGUCGUGGCGGCUGCCGGUGAGACCACCGCAAACAACGCCCAGCCCGAACAGAGGAUCGUCGAGGAAGUGCGGGAAGUCCGGGUGAACGCCGGUGCCGGCCGUGUGAGGGUAAGCUUCUCUGCAGGGGUGAGGUUCAAGAGGAGGGUGGCGGCCAACGCCGACCCUGCCGCCACAGCGCCGAAGCCCGUCGUCGACGAGCGGUGGUUCACCUACGCCGCCGUCGGCCUGACGAUCGCCAUCGUGGCUCUGCUCAUGAAGAAAUUCCUCAAGGUGAAUGGCCUCGCCGGGUACCCGGAGAGUUUGUAA